UCGAUUUCGUCAAAGGAAAAUAAUUACGGAUAAUAUCGUCUUUUAUUUCUGUCUAAAAAAAAGUAUCGUUGUACGUCAUGAUGCUCAGGAAGGUAUUUAAUCCAAGAUCGUAUCAGAAAGUGGUACGAUCUUUCUCAGCAACUGCCGAAUCUGUUCAAGGAUAUAAUUUUGAAUUAUCAGAUACUCAAAAGGAAAUGCAAGAGUUAGCACGGAAAUUUACAAAAGAAGAGAUUAUUCCAGUAGCUGCAGAGUAUGAUCGAACUGGAAAAUAUCCAUGGGACAUUAUUAAAAAGGCGUGGAGUAUUGGUCUUUUGAACAAACAUAUUCCACAACAUUGUGGUGGUAUGGAAGCUAAUAUUUUUGAUUCGUGCUUGGUUACGGAAGAAUUGGCUUAUGGUUGUACAGGAGUAGCAACUGCAAUAGAAACCACAGGUCUUGGACAAACUCCAGUUAUUAUAGCUGGAACGAAAGAACAGCAAAAGAAAUAUCUUGGCAGACUUAUAGAAGAGCCACAUGUUGCGGCGUAUUGCGUUACUGAACCUGGUGCAGGAUCUAAUGUAGCAGGUAUUAUGACCAAAGCUGAGAAGAAAGGAAAAGAGUGGAUAAUUAAUGGCACAAAGAUGUGGAUCACAAAUGGUGGUGUUGCCAACUGGUAUUUUGUUUUAGCAAGAACAAAUCCAGAUCCAAAAGCUCCAGCUAAUAAAGCUUUUACAGGUUUUAUUGUCGAACGUGAAAGUGAUGGUUUAACUCCCGGUCGUAAGGAAAUUAAUAUGGGACAAAGAGCAAGCGACACACGAAUGAUAACAUUUGAAGAUGUUCGCGUUCCCGAAGAAAAUGUAUUGCUUGGAGAAGGAGAAGGGUUUAAGAUAGCUAUGAAGACUUUUACUAGGACUCGGUCACCGGUAGCAGCAGCAUCUACUGGUUUAGCUCAAAGAGCUCUGGAUGAAGCAACAAAAUAUGCGCUGGAACGCAAAACAUUUGGUAAACCGAUAGCGGAGCAUCAAGCAAUAGGUUUCAUGCUAGCUGAUAUGGCUAUUGGUGUUGAGACUUCUAGAAUGGCAUGGAUGAAGGCAGCCUGGGCUACUGAUAGAAACUUACCGAGUGCUACAAUGCUCGCUAGUAUUGCAAAAUGUUAUGGCGGAGAUAUAGCUAAUAAAUGUGCUACAGACGCUGUACAGGUUUUCGGUGGUGCAGGUUUCAAUUCUGAGUAUCCAGUGGAAAAACUUAUGCGCGAUGCCAAAAUUUAUCAGAUAUAUGAAGGUACUGCGCAGAUUCAAAGACUGAUUAUAUCGCGUGCUCUCAUUGACGAAGCUAAACAAAAGAAUAACUAAAUAACUGUACGUCGAAUUAAAUUGUAUCAUAAAAUUUAUUUUUAUAUUUAUAUGUAGUAUUUUAUAAGGUAUAAGAUUGAGAAGUAACACGUUAUCAUUACAAUUAUUUUUCAAAUAAUGACUUGAGAUAACGACAUUGUAUCAGGAGACGCGGUAGCGUCUCCGGCCAUGUUCAAAAACUCUGA